CACUGACAUGUAUAUGCGCUUCGCAAGAAUCCCGAUGGGAUAAGACCACACUUGCAGCGGAUAUCUCCACCGCCUAUCCACAUAUCUAUGCACGACCAUCAUUUUGGUGCCGCUGGAGAUACAUCGCAGUCCCCUUGCUUGCGUUCCAUGCGCGCACUCAACUGUUCAGUACUUCAGUCCACAUCGUAAUGCCUAGAACAUCGCGCUCACAGUCCGUCCAUACAGCCAGCCACACGUAAGUGCCAGCCUCUAUAGAGAUAUAAACCACCCAACUUCCAGCCCCUCUCUUCUUCACCUAUUACCGAUUCGCAUUCGUCCAGACCACCCAAGCUUCAACAACCAUGUUCACUCUCGCACGUGCACCGCUGCUCGUCGUUCCCGCUCUCCUCCGAGAGCACGCCCCCGUUCGCCCCGUAGGUGCCUCCAUGAAGUCCAAAGUCAAGCUGGGCUUCACGAAGGCCGUCCGCAAGGUCCUCAAGGCCUUCACCCCGGCUCCCAAGCCGGCAUUCCACCCGCCUCUCGUCCCCACCCUAUUCCAGACUCCGACAAACUCUUUCAAUGUCUCUGCCUCGAGCACGAGCGAGAAUUCCCGCAAGCGCAUUCUCCCGCGCCUCAUGCAGGGAGACAAGCACAAGCGCCCCUCCAUCCCCUUCUCCGCGUUCAUCACCCCGCCUUCGCGUAUCAAGAUCCCCACGCCGACGAGCAGCAUUGUCGUCCACAGCCCCCGUGGGACAUGGGCUAUGCGCACUCCUCGCGGUGAAUACAUCGACAUCCUCGAGAACGGCCAGGUUGUCACCCCUUGCACCACCCGAACCUCACGUACUAGUCGCAAUGACGGUUAUCCCACCACCUCAAGGAGCCAGCGCAGAAGUCCCUCCGACUCGGGCAUUUCCUUCAGCUCAGAGCUAAACACUCCGACACCCGCAGCGCUCCCUCGUCUCCUCAUUACCGAGGCUACGGAGGACGAUAUUGCCCGUCUGCUGUACGACUCAGAGGACAGCAUCGCGGAAAUAACGAGUUCCUUCGACUCGCUGUAUGUCGAGAGCAUGCACAAUGAGUCCGAAGGAUCCUUGUACGGUGAACUACAUGAGACUCAAGGACACAUCAUGGAUUCUAACAACGCCGGCAAUGGAUGUAUGCGGGUCGAAUGGGACUCACCCACUCAAUCCGAAUACGUCCAUGGUCAGACGUUAUACCCAAUCUUAGAAGAAAUCGAGAGCGAUACCGACCAGCUCGAUCCGCCAUCAUCCGAUCUCGAAAACGUCAUGACGGAACUCCGCGUUAUCAUGAGUGAUAUCGAUCUUUACGCCGCGUGCAAUGCCGGGAGCAAAUCCACCCUCGGUUUCCAUGCGGUCGACACAGUUGAGCCGGAAAAAUCGUCCGAAAAUGCGCCUCAGCUCCAGUACGCGACCAACGCGCUCUCGUAUAUGAGCACGAGCGAGCUGCGCGAUGAUAGCGCCGAAACUUCCCCUGCUGCAACUUCGGAGAUCAAGGGUGACCUCGACGCUAUCGGCCUCGAAGCGAGCCAGGACGAUGGCCUGCCUCAGACGUACGAAGUCACUGUUGCAAACAAUCUCAACAACAUUAAAGAACAUCAGCCUGGGCAAGAGGGCUCGAGAAUACUCCUUCGUUUCGACGACGAAGACAAGACUGUCUUCAGCAGCAUCGACAUCACCUGCACCAGCACACCUGUUUUCACGGAGCGCCGUCUCCCCAAGUGCCCUGCCAUCCCACUCGCAUCUUCAAAGCAUUCCACACCUGAUUAUCCGUCCAGACACGACCUUGCCCAGAUUAUCGGCCGUAUCCUUGCAUUUUCAGCCGAGCAAUCAGAGCCAGCUUCCAAUCUAUCCCCUUCUCCCGCAGCAACUAUCGAGCAGGGAGACAUCCCAGCCUUGACAGAUGAGGUCAUCGCAGAUCUCUGGAUGCUCGUCAAGCUCGAAACAGAAACAAUUAAUCGCCGCCGCUAUGCCCUCGAUGAGCUCUCCAACUUUCUCGUUCAACGUAAUUCGGCGCUCGCAAUAGACCGCUCCAGCAUUCUGAAUCUGCAGAACACCUCAAGUGCAUUCACCUCACUGGAGAAUGAAUCACUGGCACACCUUCCGGGCUGCGUGGACAUUUUGACUCAGCACGCAGCUUGCAAUGAUGCCUUCGCCUGCUACAUCUCCAAGAUUAUUGGAAUCAACAAACAGACUAUCCCACCUUCUUCAGGCCCAUCUUCGCCUCCUACGGCUCAAGCAAACCCACCAUCUGGUACCCUGAUGUUCACUUACAUCAUGGAGACGGCUGUCGCGAAAUCCACUGACCAUGCUGUCAAAGACCACGAGCACAUCAACACCACCAUCCCCACCGAAGACGAUGCGCUGGAGCUUGACAUGAUCACGGAAAGAGACGGUGAUGAUACCGUAUACUUAUCCGCCUUAUCCUUGCCCGUCGCGGACAUCAGCGACUCAUCUUCAAUUGCUCAUGGUGAUAUCCCUCCCCCCGUGGAACAUGUCGCAUCUCGCCCGCAUGCAUGCAGAAACACGGACAGUAUCGAUGGAGUUUCUCCAACUCCAUCGACAAUAUCGGUCUUCCUCGAAUGGCAUCAGCAGACCACCAAACUACAGCACUGGGACCAGCGCGAUCUCGACGAAUUCUUCGGAGGAAGUCCGAACGGGUCGCUUGCAGACGAACUGACGAAAGCAGAGAGCCGACAGGCUUCUUGGAUCUCCCUCGCCGACAACACACCAUGGAUGCAGCGAUCGCGCGAGACACUAGUCGUGAGCAAGAAGCAGAAAGAGACGAAUGCCCGGGCGCGGUCAAAGAUGGAAAAGAACACUUCGCAACGCCCUUCGAGGACGGUAGCGAAAACGGGCGGCCGCCAAUGUGCGGCAGCGCAGCAGCGCAAGUGACAUUAUCUGUGAACGGCGGCUUUUUGCAGGACGAUUGUGCAUUACCUUAUAUUGUAACUUAUUCCGCGGAAUUCUCUGUCUUCGAAUCUUGUAUAGCUCUUUGUCCGAAUCUUUGAAUCUGAAAGUAUACCAC